UCUUUCUCUCUCUCUCUCUCUCUCUCUCUCUCUCUCUCUCUCUCUAUCAUCACCAUGGACACAUCAACUAACCCUCAAUCCCAAUCUGACCCAAAAUACAACCUCCGCAAUCCACUCCCUCUCUCCGCCGCCCAAGAAGCAGAAGUGAAGCAAUUAUACUACAAGCGUGUACGAGGGUACUGCGCGGCCGAAGUCAAAGCGUUCGCUGAAUGCGCCGCCAAUCGCACCGUCACAGCUACCUGGGUAUGUCGAACACAGCGCCUCGCAAUGAACACGUGCAUGUUAGCCUGGGCCGGUCCGGAAGAGGAAGACCGCGCGAGAGAGGAAUGGUUCGCUACGCAUGAGGAGCGGAAACGAGCAAAGGAGGAGGAAAGUGCAAGAGUUGAGAAGAGGCGGGAGGAGGUGAUUCGCAUGAUGAGGGAGGAUGGGCGGAGGAAGAGUGAGAGGUGAAGGUGAAGGUGAAGCCCAGGAAUCCUCACUCUUCUUCUUCUUCUUUUCAGCUCUUUCGUUCCUGGAUUCGACUGCAGCUGCAACUGCAACUGCGGAUGGGUUUGAUUGGGACUGGAAUCUGGAAAGAUGGCACAGGACAGCUUGCAUUGAUUGAGGCGUGAUUGAUGAUUUAUUACCGUGAUUGUAUAUCUGUAUAUUUCUGGCGUUAUGAUGUGGGCUUUUUUUUCUUUUCUUUUCUUUUCUUUUGUUAAUCCCCUCUUCUAACAGUCUUCUGCUUGCAUUCAAGAGCUUAGCUUUGCUUUGAUUAUAUACAGCAACCGGUGGAAUUAUAAUAAGAACUGAAUCUCUCCUUUUACCU